AUGUCCGGCGACAACGUCAGCGCCGGGAUGGUCAUCGGCGUCACCGUCGCAGGCGGCGUCUCCGCUGCGGUCUUCGUCUGCGCGACCAGCUGCUGGGCCAUCAAGGCCUGCCUCGAAGGCAAGUUCUCGAGGGGGUGGCGGCGGCUGCGCGUCCUUGGGCUCGGCGGCGUCACGACCCUGGAGCAGGCACCGGCCUACGACUGCGCCCUGUGCCACCACAGCCUGGAUCAGGGGGAGGAGGUCCGCACGCUCUCCUGCGACCACGUGUUCCACUUCCGCAAGAGCGCCAGGUGCCGGAACAACAUCGACGACUGGCUCCGCGAGAACCGCAUGCGCUGCCCGGCCUGCUGCAAGACCGCCUGCCCCGUGUUGCCGCGGAAGGCGCCGCCGACAUCGGCGCCAAUGCCAGCGCCAGCUCCGCCGCCGUCGGAUUUGGAGCUUCAAAUACCGCAGCUGUUGGCGCCGGACGAUGAGGCGUCAGUUUCGUCGCUGUGGUUCCAGGAUACACUAUGGUCGCCAUCGCAGUAG